CCGAGGACGGAGGCGGAGGGGUUGGUAAACAAGCUGCGCACCUCGUGGUGCUUCUGAGGGAGCGGCGCUGAGAAGGGCUGGAAGGAAGGAGGAGGAGGAGGAGAGGCUCGGUUCUCGCCUUGCCUGGAGAAGGAGAAGGGGCUGGAGGUGAUCCAUCAUGGCAGGGGAUGCCAUCAUGGUGAUGCGAGGCCUGGCAAAGCUCAGUAAGGCAGUCCUAGAGACACAAGCAGGACAGCUCCGGCAAGUAGUUCUUGGCGGUGAUGCAGUAACAAUAGUAAGGAGCUUCCAGGCUGCUGCUGAAGAUCAGUUCAGUACUGCCAUGGGGAAAAUGCAGGAACUGGGCAAACAACAGGAAAAUUUGAAUGAUAUUGGUGAGGACUUGGGAAAAGACUACAACUUCUCAGAAUCAGAAUUGGGUUAUGCUUCAAAGGACUUCCCUCCUUCACAAGACCAACCUCCUGUUGAUGGUGAUGCCAAGGGCCCGUCUUCUUCUUACGUUGCUAGAGAACCUUUUCGAAAUAUUGGUGGGAGUGGAGACUCGAGUUUGAAUCCCAUUCCUGCUAAAGUGAAUGCAAAGCUCUUUGGAGGCUUUAGGGACUGUGGGAAUCUUUCUGCUUCCUAUGGGCAAAGCCGGGCUUUUCAUCAAGACCAUUCCUCCGUUGGUGGACUAACAGCUGAAGAUAUUGACAAGGCCCGGCAAGCUAAAGCGGAUCCACAGCACAAACCACACAAACAGAUGCUCAGUGAACGUGCCCGAGAGCGGAAGGUGCCAGUUACACGAAUUGGGAGGCUUGCUAACUUUGGAGGUUUAGCUGUUGGCCUCGGCAUUGGAGCACUGGCAGAGGUUGCAAAGAAGAGCCUUAGAUCUGAAGAUCGAAAUGGAAAGAAGGCUGUUAUGGAUACCAGCCCAUUUCUGUCAGAGGCGAAUGCAGAAAGAAUUGUGAGAACACUGUGCAAAGUUCGAGGUGCUGCACUGAAGCUUGGACAGAUGCUGAGCAUUCAAGAUGAUGCCUUCAUCAACCCUCACCUGCAGAAGAUUUUUGAACGUGUCCGCCAGAGUGCAGACUUUAUGCCUUUAAAGCAAAUGAUGAAAACUUUGAACAAUGAUCUUGGCCCUAACUGGCGUGAUAAGUUGGAGUUUUUUGAAGAACGACCAUUUGCUGCAGCUUCCAUUGGACAGGUUCACCUGGCUCGCUUGAAAAAUGGCAAAGAAGUUGCCAUGAAAAUCCAGUAUCCUGGGGUGGCCCAGAGCAUCAACAGUGAUGUCAGCAAUUUGAUGACUGUUCUGAGUAUGAGCAAUGUUCUUCCAGAAGGUCUCUUCCCUGAACAUCUGAUUGAAGUUCUGAGCAGAGAGCUGGCCCUGGAAUGUGAUUAUAAGAGAGAAGCAGCCUGUGCAAAGAAAUUCAGGGAGCUGCUCAAGGACCACCCAUUCUUUUAUGUUCCUGCUGUGGUGGAGGAGCUGUGCAGCCCUCAUGUCCUGACGACAGAGUUGGUGACAGGGUUUCCGCUGGAUCAAGCUGAAGAACUCAGUCAGGAGAUCCGGAAUGAGAUCUGCCACAACAUACUGGUUUUGUGCCUCCGAGAGCUGUUUGAGUUCAGGUACAUGCAAACUGAUCCAAACUGGUCUAACUUCUUCUAUGACCCAGAACUGCAUAAGGUAGCCCUCCUGGAUUUUGGAGCAACCCGUGGCUUUGAUGAAGAAUUUACAGAUGUCUACAUAGAGUUAAUCAAGGCAGCUGCUAAUAUGGACCGAGAGACAGUGUUGAAGAAAUCUAUAGAAAUGAAAUUCUUAACAGGCUAUGAAGUCAAGGCUAUGGAAGAUGCCCAUUUGAAUGCCGUCCUCAUCCUUGGAGAAGCAUUUGCUUCCAGUGAACCUUUUGACUUUGGCUGUCAACAUACCACUGAGAAGAUACAUGGCUUAAUUCCAGUCAUGCUGAAGCAUAGGCUCAUCCCUCCACCUGAGGAGACCUACUCUCUCCAUCGGAAAAUGGGAGGCUCCUUUCUCAUAUGCUCCAAACUGAAGGCCAAAAUUCCUUGCAAGAACAUGUUUCAGGAAGCCUACAGUAAUUAUUGGAGCAGAAAGGCCAAGAAGGAGUAGUAGCACAGAGAAACUAUUAAACACCUUGUGUUACAUGGCCAAUCUUCCAAGUUCCGGUAAACCACCGUUCGGUUUCUUCUCACAACCCCAGGAUCACCUCAGAAGCACAGCAACCUGUCACAUGGAAAGAGAAUAUCUGGUUUCAAGGACACUGUUGUUCUUCUGUUCAUCAUAUUGCCUGCACUUUAUACUCUCACCAUUAUCUGUGUAACUUCUGUUUUACAGGAAAUGGUAAUCAGCUAGUAUAGGGGAUGUGGAGGAAAACUAAGCCGCUGUGUUUCUUACUGUCCUAGGUAUCAGCUUUAUUUUCAACAUUUUAAUACUGAUAGCUGUGUACAGUACCUUAAAAAAACAACAGUGGGUGGAGGAAGGUGAACCAAAAUAAGUUGGCAUUGAAAUCUAUUUGUAAUUCUCCAAAUGUUUGCUUUCCCCCGUUUUUUAGAUGUCUUUCCGUUUUCUUUGUCUAAGGUGGAAUACAAAUGGUUUCAUAUCGUGAAGUAGGUUGCCGAUAUAACUUGCAAAGAAACCCUAUUUUUGUAUAAUAUUUGGUGGGAGUCUGUAACAGUUGGGAUCUCCUCAUGGAGCAGGAAAAGAUGUGUACAUAGGCUAUUUUAUGCCUCCAGCCUCUAGUUUUCCAGGGAAGUGAAGAUUUUAAAGAAUUGGAUACAAGAGGUGUGGUAUAUGUAGAACACCCUGCUUUUGGCAUUCAAUUGCUCAUCUCCUGAUUCUCUGAAUUGAAUGUACAGGCAGAGGGAAUGUAGGAAACAGAGUUCUCAUUAUGUGAAAUAGAGGAACCAUAGCGCUAACUGGCAUUUAUAGAUGCCCAACUGUGAAAUUACAGUUCUCCAUCUUCAUGUUUGCACCUCUGCAGUGCAAUCGUUGAUGGAAAGCAAAUGGGGAAAACAUAGCAGUAUCAAAGAAGGCAAUUUGAGAUUUCAUUGAAAAGCAUAAUAUAUGUUUAAGUAGCUGAACGCACAACUUUAAACAAUUGGAGGCAAGCUGACAAAUAUAUUUUGGAUAUUUUGUACAACAGUUGAAGCUGUACAACUUUCAGUUGAUUUCCAAUAAUGAAGUGCUUGUGCA